AUGUUAAGUCAUACCAUACAGAUGUACACUAAAUAUGUGCCUAUGAGGGUAGCAAUCGCAACUAAGUUCUUUGAAAAUGUUCUUGGAAAGGGACUUCUUCCGAAACAACCCCUCAUCGUUAAGGCUAAAUAUUUCUCCCACGAGGCCGAGAACAAGAUCAAAGAAGCUGGAGGAGCCUGUAUUUUGGUCGCAUAA